UUAACGCUGAUAGAGGUGGAAGUCGUUGCCGGACGACGAUGAUCAACAUCAAACGUUUGUUGUGGGCGCCUGAUCCGCGACGACUGUGAGUAAAGUCGGCAAACGUAGUUCCUAUUAUACCUAACCCGUUCAAAUACUAUACCAUAUACUAUACCACGGUAAGCACCAUGAGCGUUUUGAUGUUCUUGAACAACGAUGCGGACACGAGUUGGCCAUCAGACGAGGCGAUCAAGCGGUACAGAUAUCAGAACGCCGGUGACGGACGUGCUGUAAAAGUGUUCGACUACCGGACGGGUCCGCAAUCGAUUUUGGACGCCGCGGACAGAGAAUUCCGGCUGUCGGAACACCACGGUCACGGCGUCCGGUUAGUGUUGACCGGUUACCGGGACCCGACGUUGGCCAGAUGGCUGUAUCGGGAACGAGGGUUGCCCGUGAACGUGGUGUUCUCGUCCACGAAAAUCGCGGACGGAAGCGACUGGUCCGAAUCGUUCUGGUCUGACGACGGCAUCACCAUGUCCGGAUUUAACCGCUCAGUGGAUAUCGACGACGACGACGACCUGAACAUAAUCAGCCAUGUGCUGCGAUUCGUCAACGACCUGUCCUACGACUACCGGUGGUACGCUCGUAGCCUGCGAGACAUACCCUCGGCGGCCGCAGCCGACUUGGACUGCGGGGACGGCGUGUACGCAUCCAUCAUGGAUACUUUCGGUGAAGGUGUCCAGGCAUUCGAACCCGUUCUGGACGCCAUCUUAGAACAGCUGUGCGGGGCGGCAUGCGAAGACCUGGCGGGGACAGAUGACGGCCGGUGGACGUUGGCGUCGGGUGUGGUCGAAGAAGGAGACAAGGCGGCCGAAGACGCAGCUCGCCUGGUGGCGUCCCGCAUUGACUGCUCCUCUGAAGCUGCUGUCGAUUACACACAACGGACGACACGGGUGGCCGCAUCGUUCGCGUCCGCGUUUUGGCACAAACAUUCUGAAAUCGCGCCGUCGCACACCGACUGCAUACUAACAGCGUGUUUGACCGAAAACCUUAGGGCCGUCGCCGACCCGGAACUCGCCGAGCUAUCGGCCGAACAGUUUCAGAUGUGCCUGAACGCCAAGUUUAUCACCACCAGACGUUGGCGACUGACAGACGGCGACCCGUCUGUGACCGGGUCCACGGCAACCACCGGCCCGUCGUUGUUCCGGCCGGAAAUUCGGCAACGCUGUGAACGGUUUUUGGCGGUGGAUCACUUGCUGGACUUGAUGGCCGCCGGAAAUGACACCGAUGACGACGCUGCCACCACCACCGGCAAGAGCUUAAUGUGGAGUCACGUGGAACACUUAGAACCGCACGUCUUGCCCCAAAGGCUGGUGGACUACGCGUCGACACACUUUAGCUAUGAAGUUCGAUACUUCGCACUCGCCGACACGCUGGUAUUCAGAUUCACGGACGGCAGACGCGGACGUUUCGUCGAACAGAGACACGUGCACAAGUUUGCCGGGCCCAGAAAUUUCAAAGAGUUCCAUAAAGAGGCAUUUCGGGCGAUGGACUUUAAGACCUAUGGCUACAGCGAUGACCGUCCGUUAGCGGUGACCGAUCCGAACGUGUUCCGGUACCGGGCAUUCGGUCACGUUGACGCGUCAGACUCCACGGUACACUAUAUAUCGGUUACCGGCGAUACCAAAAUUCGAGCUGAAGUGUACGAACUACUCGACGACGAUGGCAGCGGAAGCGCGGUGACAGCGUGCGAGCAGCGGUACCGAAUGAAAUUGGAAUGUGGCGAGUUUUGGGUGACUGUUCACAGUGUGGUGACGGUGACAAGUUGUGAACGGCAAACCGAGCUGACCGUGGGCCUGACCGACGGCACAGUGGUCGCGGUGACCCGGCUGCCCGGUGGCGGUUUCGAAGUGACCUCGAGGACGGCCGACGGCCUCGAGGACACCCACGGCCAGCGAUACGAGUGGCCAGACGGCCGGUCUGUGUUUGAGUUUCUUGUCGACGUGGUCACCGUAAUCGCGGCUGACGGCACUUGGACUUCCGCCGACUUUGGGCGAGCCGAUCACUUUGUAUGCGCGACGUACCUGACGGAUGGCGCCAAAGUCCGAAUGAUGAUGACCGGACCAGCCAUACAGUUUUGUCACGACUCUGAGUUCGAAAAUCCAGCAACCGAUGACAAGUACUUGGUAUGCCGCAGAGACCUGUCCGGUUAUGAGUUCGUCGACCACCACAAACCGCUGAGAACUGUGUGCCAAGUGCGGGAGGGUCCCGAUCAAGAGACGCCAUGGCCAGUGACGGUGGUGAGAACGCUGACAAAAAACCGAUUUGAUGGCCGAAUGGCCGAGCUGGUGAACAAGGCGCUGUCCGACCACCUGGUGACUGUCAAAACGUUAGCCGAUCGGUUGAACGCUAGACUUCCGAUCGACAAUGACGACGGUGACGACGAAUUCGACGAACUCGAACUCGAACUCGGUGGAGAAUCCCCGCUCGUCUCUCAUUCCUCCUUAAACAUGUAAUUACCCAAUCAUCAUUAUUUCAAUUUCAAUAUUAUUAAGUUUUCGGAUGUCUAUCUGAGCUGUUGAAUUGUACAUUGGUACAUUUGUUCUCUGUUCGCUUGGUCAUCGAUUUGACAGUUAACUACGGUUUUUCGAAGGCUGCAUUAAAAA